AUGACCUAUAUAUUGGGGCUAAGUUAUCUUGAAGCAAAGAAGAACGAAACUUUUACUGGUGGCGACCAGCAGGAAAAAAAAUCCGAUGAAAUUGAGGUCUCCGAGGCCCAACAGCAACAGCUAAACUUUGCCGAGUUCGAUUUUGACUCCGAGACCUCCGCUGCUGCUGCUGACACUGCGGCCUUGGUUGCCGCUCAACGUCGGCCGCUGGGCGGUUCAGCUCGGCCGGUACGGGAGAGACGCGUCGCACGACUGGACAAGAUCUUGCAGGAGGAUAUGGUCCGUCGACGUCUGGAGAUGGAACAACUUCGUCAGCAGCAGCAACAGCACAUUCAGUCUGAGACACAACAGGUCCAAUCGACUGAAACGACCUCGAUGACAGAGAAGGGAGUGGGGGAACAAAGUACCAUUGCAGAGGUAGAGAACGCAGUUUCACAGCCACCACCUCCAUCACUAGAAUCCCGGCCAAUGGAGAAGAACGAAGGCAUCGCUGUGUCGACAGAUUUGCCUGCUCAGCUCGGCGAAAUGGGCAUAACUGGUGAGGGGAAUACUGCGCUAGUAGGUGUUGCCACGACGGUGUCGCAUUAA